AUGAUUCACCGAAACGUCCGCGGCGGCGUCCCGUCGCCGUACCCACGAUUCCUGUUCCACGGACUGAGGACCGCGCAAUUACUCGCCAGCAUAGUCGUCAGCGGGAUCAUGGCGUAUUUUAUAUAUUAUUUGCGAAUGGAACACUUCGCAAUCCCCUGGACGUUCAUCGUUUUAAUAGCUGUAUCCCUCGCCACGAUCCUGGCGCUGCUCAUCACGAUUAUCUUCUACAACUUCACCUACCUAUCCCCCGGCUUCAACCUCCUGCUCAAUGGCAGCAUAUCCCUCUUCUGGGCGCUGGGCCUCGCGCUGCUGAGUUGGAGCGUGAGUACGAGCCAUGUGCUGGCGAAGGCGUGUACGGGGAGCGUGUGGGGAGGUGAGGCGGAGGCGGGCGUUUGUAGGGACUAUAAGGCGCUUUGGGGGAUGGCUCUUGUUGGGACAGUAUCGACCUUCGCAGCCCUAACCCUCGAUAUUGCGACCCAGCGCAAGGUCACCAGACGCGGUGUCUACAAGCUGCCCGAAGACGACAAAGAUGCGCAGAAGCUGAGCGAGUUGAAAAGUAUGAGGGUGAGGACGCAGGGGUAUGAGGCGCCGAGGGAGCAGGGCGGAGAUGGGGUUUGGAGGGAUGAGCAUUUGCAUGGGGAGGAGUAUCAUAGUAGGUAUGGAGCUGAAGAGGAGGUUUCGCACGGCUUGAGGGGGGAUGUUGUUGGUGGGUAUAGUGGUGUGGGGUUUAGGGAUUAG